UUGUUUACAUUGGUGGCACGAGGGUCAGGAGCGUGGCGGCUGGUGGGGGGCCUAGCGGACGAACUGCGUUUGGGAACACGUACACACACGCGCACACACUCACACUGCAGCAGGCAGCAGCACACUUUCUCUACCGUCUGCCUCAAAACAAACAAGAACUUUUCAGCGUUUCGGGAACACAAGAAGAGGCCGAUCCAGGCGACUUUUUCCUACCCCCCACCCCCCGCGUGUCCAAGGACAGGAAAGGGAAAGUCCGAAAAGAGACGAGCGCCAUAACAAUCAGUAGAGUGUCUGCGCGUGAAGAAGGAAUAGCUUAGCAACAGAGUCCCACUUCCUGAACAUUUGAUGCAUGCUUUAACGCUGCAUGGUGCAAUGUGAGAGGGAUCCACAGAGGAAGUGUCGGAUUCACUGACGUGACACUGGAUCCAAUUCUGUUGAAAUCAUACACCCACUGCUCGACGGGAAAACGGAUUCAAGGCCUUAACACCAUGGAUAUGGACGCUCAGCCACAAGGACAGCAAGCCGCCGUGCCAGUGUUUCAACCACAGAAACCUUUGCAGCCUGACAUGGGCAAUUCACUUGCUAACUUCCAAAUUGAGAAGAAAAUAGGCCGGGGACAAUUCAGUGAAGUUUACCGGGCUAGGUAUCUAUUAGACAACACAUCUGUGGCCCUGAAGAAAGUCCAGAUAUUUGACUUGAUGGAUGACAAAGCUCGGCAGGAUUGCAUCAAAGAGAUUGAUCUCCUUAAGCAACUGAAUCAUCCAAAUGUGAUAAAGUAUCAUGCGUCUUUUAUUGAGGACAAUGAGCUCAACAUAGUACUGGAGCUAGCCGAUGCUGGAGACCUCUCACGUAUGAUCAAGCACUUUAAGAAACAGCGGAGGCUUAUCCCAGAAAGAACUGUGUGGAAGUACUUUGUCCAGCUUUGCAGCGCACUUGAGCAUAUGCACUCCCGGAGAGUCAUGCACAGAGAUAUCAAGCCUGCAAAUGUAUUCAUCACAGCUACAGGUGUAGUGAAGCUAGGAGAUCUAGGACUGGGACGAUUCUUCAGCUCCAAAACGACGGCUGCUCACUCUCUUGUGGGUACUCCAUACUACAUGUCACCCGAGAGGAUACAUGAAAACGGAUACAACUUCAAAUCGGACAUCUGGUCGCUAGGAUGCCUGCUCUACGAGAUGGCAGCCCUGCAGAGUCCAUUUUAUGGCGAUAAGAUGAACCUUUACUCUCUUUGUAAGAAGAUAGAACAGUGUGACUACCCUCCUCUUCCAUCAGAUCACUACUCAGAGGAACUGAGGAAUUUGGUAGAUAUGUGCAUCAAUCCAGACCCGGAGAAGAGGCCGGACAUCACCUACGUGUACGACAUGGCCAAACACAUGCAGAACCUGACGCAGGGCAGCUAAGCUCGGAGUUGCACAAACUAUAGCUUGUGAACACCCCGUCCCCCCGGACCCCAAUUUCCAUGCUGGACGUGUACACAUCUAUCUGCUUAUAUGCAAUUACUUGGUCCAGAGCUCAUUUUGAUAAGCCGGACAGCAUUUAUAUCAUGGUUAUUGGAGGGUGUAAACAUGACUGGCAACCUAAAUCCUUCCCGCUCUAGUGGUGCUGGGCGAUAUAUUGUAUAGCAUGAUUCAAAUAUUUUAUUACAGCGAAAUGUGGGAAAAAGUUUGACUUCACCUCAGCGAGACUUUCGCUUGAGCAUUUGUUUCCCAGGACAUGGAGGUUGAAACCCCACCCCUGCCAUUAUAGUUCUCCAUUAAUUGAUAAAUAUGUGGGAAAAGAAAGAUGCUAGUAAGUCUAGUUAUUGAACAAAAAGCAUAUGUCACUAAGUUAAUACCAAUUUUCGCGCUGUGCACUUGCCACUUCCGUUUUGGCAUAGGAAUGCAGAUAUUUGCUGCCUAGCUCUCCUAGAGAUGUGAACCACAAUCAGGAGGACAUAUGCGAUCAUAUGAAACGAUCCUAUGCAUAUGCUGCCUCGCGGCUGCCUCUCCCAUGGCACCAUUCUUUUAUAUAUCUUCUAUACAUCUUCUAAUAUAUCUUGGUGUGGAGUGCAACUUUCAGAUUUUCUUGUCGAUCAGUGUGCCACACCAAGAUUAAUGACUCAUAUCCGAAUUUUUAUAUCCAACAGAGCUGUAAUUUUACUCCAAACAAAACAACAUGGACAUAAAUGCAUUUUGUAGAAAAUAUCAAAACUUGAAAAUAAGUGCAACAGUAAUAACAGCUGUACAGCAGCAGCAUCUUAUGUAAACAUAUUACACACACCCCCACACACACCAGCAAGAAAAGGGGAACAGGUGUGAUUCUCAGUGCAGGUCUCUUACACAGUACAGAGCGGGCUGUUUUAACCUUCAAAGACAGAACAGAAGACUCUUACAUUUUGUCUUGUUCACUAGCAACUUAAAAUAGUGAAUUAUAUGGACGAUUUUAGAUUUUAUAUUACAAAUAUAAAAGAUGCCUACCUAUUGUGAUCCCUGUCCCUGUUUUCAAUGAAUUUUCAUGUUUUGUCUCGUAGUGGCGUUUGACACUUGUGCAACACACAACGCACAAACAGAGCUAGCGGAAGUAACCCAGCCAACCAGUUGUUACCGGCAUCCCCAAUGGGCCGCUGUCCCUUAAAAUAUGACCAGCUUACUAGUUAAGCGUUGAAGAAUAAGUAGGCGUCUGGGCGAGGAAAAGAGAGGCAGCGAAGCAAGGUUUCGAGGGACAUUUGCGCGGAGAGCGCCGUGAAAAGUGGCUGUGUCCCCCGCUGGUUUUUGUUUUGUUGAUAAAAGUCUCCAGCAAAAAGCCAUUCAACGCGUCACUGUGUUUUUAUACACGUCGCCACCUCUCCGAAGUAAGCACCGGACGUAUCGACGACAACGAGCCACGUUAAUCCGGUCCACUAUGAAAGCACCGCAAUUACCAAAAGUGCAGAUUGGUGACACAGUGUAUUUCCGCCAGCUCUCUAAUUGGUUGACUACGUGACACGUUAGUAGCCUGUGCUGAAUUGAGCGCGCAUAGAAAAAAAAAAACGACGAGCGCAGGAGUCGACGAAUUGAGGAAGAGCUGGAGGUGCGCUCAAAAUCCAUUAUUGCUCGCAUAUAACGCUAUAAGGCAGAUUGGGUGGGAAGGGCGCUCCCGUAAAGCCCCUGAGUAACAGGGCGCGCAAGUCAAAAUGUCUUAAUUUCAGGUAAAAAGGCACUUUUUUUUUUUUUUUUUUUGCCAUGCGCUCGCGUGUCACUGGUUAACUCUUCGAGUGCCAGUGCUGACACGCGUGUCAUAGGUUGCUGCCCCCUGUUCUAUAAGUUUAACUGUCAAAGGGCCAGCUGGAUUGCUCAAGAAGUCCUACCUGAUCUUGCCCAUUCUGGCACAUGUGUGAACUGCAUUUUCAUUAGGUUUGGGCACCCUUUGAAAUGGAAUGAUUCCGAUUUCAUGUUUCGAUUCCUGUUCCGAACAAUUCUCGUUUCCGAUUCAUUUAAGAGGCCGGGUCAAAAAAUUGCAUAGUGUAUAUUUAUUGUCUUAACUUUCCAAUUUUUUAAAAUUAUAUGAACUUCUAACAGGGCUAUUUUCAACUUGUAUAUAAAUAUCAGUCUUUGAACUUGAAUGUGAAGAUUUUUCCUCAAGAGUGCACUUUCACAAAGAUGUUUAUUUUUUAAAAGCUCACAGAGAAAACAUUUACACACAUUCAUACAUGUACCUUAGCUGGGAGCUACAUCAAAGCAUUAGUGUAAAUUCUUCUAUUGAUUAUAAUUUGAUGUAGAUGAGGCAAAAUAAUAAGGUUUCCUUAUUUGUAAAACCGGUUCUGUUGUGUUUACGGAGACAUUCAAUGUUUAUGUUCUGACAAUACCAGUUAGGCAUACGUAUAAUGUACGUAUAAUGCGUAGAAGAAAAGACUAGUGUCUGGCUAGGAUGCUCUGUGAUGUCUGCAUGUGCUCACUGGUACAAGUUCAUUAAAAAAAGUAAUUGAAUGCUUCAUAUGGCUACUUCUUUCGAAACAAGCAACACAACAGAUUCCAAAACAAAAGAUGUUUUUGUUACUGUUGAUUUUAACGGAGGCAGCAACCCGCUACGUUAAGUACGUAGCUGCUUACAUAGCUACAUGAGCCCGAUGUCAUAAUAGAACUUAGUCUCGUACUAUUCCAUCCAUCAAUCCAUAGGGCAGCAGCAGACGGAUGUAAUUUAUUGUUUUAUUUACCUCGUUCUGACUGGUUAGAGAAUCGGCGCAGCGUGUCAAAUACGCGGCACUCAGCUAUGCACUUGGCACUUGUAUUCCAUGAAGCUGGAGGUGUUUGGCCGUGAAGCCAUCUUUGCAUGAUAUAGUUGUGUUGCAAAUGUUGCUCUGAGCUGACUGGUAAAUUUUUUUUUUGUAAAGUUUAGGCAAACUUUUGAGGGCCGCCACACCGUGUCCAUGGUUGUAAUUAGGUUUGCAAUAAACAAACACGCUUCAUGUGGCUUCUUCUUCGAGAAUUUUGGCCGUAAUUUUUUCCUGCUCGGCGGCCAGAGCAUCAAAACAUGGAAUCGAAAUUUUAAAAUUCAAAUGGUGCUGGGAGCAUCGGAGUGUUAGAACCGAAUCCCAUCGAUGCCCGAUGCCCAACCCUAAUUAUCACAGUGGAUUUUUGUGAGUUUAGUUUUUCUUCUGCUUCAUAAAAUGCUUUAAUUCAGCACCAAGUCAAGAGAAGCCGCUGCAGGCUAGGAACAUGCUGUGGAGGCUGUGGGGAACCAAGCAGCGUUGAGUCUCUCAUAGCUGAUGACUGUGGAAGACUAAUUCUUGGAAAGCCCCGUCUGUGCUCAAUACGCACCGGGCCGUCAACCGAUUGGAAUCGAGUUAAAGAAUAUUACCAUGAUACAGUACAUGUCAACAAUCAUGAGUUCUCCAAUUCAACAUAGUUUUUAUUUAUCAAUGCACGACCUGUUAUCCAGUCACAGCUCAUUGGCUACGUUUUGACAAGAUUUCAGCGUUCAGAUUAAAAUUAUGAUCGGAUGCACUGUUUUCACGAGCACUCAGGCAUCAAACUUCUGGUUGGAACAAAAUAUUUGAACAUUGGCAGUUUGACCAUAUAUACAGGGAAUAAAAGUAAAAGAAGAAGAACCCAUAGCGACUUCCGUGCCAACAAAUCAUCGCUCCGUCCAUUUCUAUUUUAAAAGCCAUUUCGCGUAUUUUUCUACCGUCAGUUCUUGCAAAAAUUGUAAGAUCUUUUAAUAUUUCCAGUGAUGUGCUCCUCUGGAAUACAGACCAGUUCAGUCUUUUUGUUGACAUUUCAGUUUUAAAUGAAUAAUUAAAUAAUAAUAGCGUCUAAACUCCCAUUGUGUAAGGCAGUGUUUUUCAACCACUGUGCCACGGCACGCUACUCUGCCAUGGCGUAGUGUCUGGUGUGCCGUGGAAAAUGAUCCACCUUUACCUAAUUUGUGUUAAAAAUAUCUUUUGAAAUCAAAUCCGCAUAUAUGCCUCUGCUGAGUGCCUGUGGUGUCCAACAGUCGGCAAUUAUGUAAUACUCUUCCAUAUCAGUAGGCGUCAAUAGGUAGCGAAUUAGUUUUAGUGAUGCAAUGCAUAAAAGAUUAGAGUGACAUUGAAGCUAGCGGCUAGUCAGCGAAACUAUAACAAUAACAGCAAUGAAAAGGUUUUUAAAAAAGAAAGCUGCUUUAAAAUGAUUCAAAUAUGACCAAGACUAGUAAAUACAGUGGGGCAAAUAAGUAUUUAGUCAACCACUAAUUGUGCAAGUUCUUCCACUUGAAAA